AUGUUGGAUGCAAAACCGCUUCCAGCCGAUCCGAACGAUUGGCGUUGUGAGGAUGUGGCAGUUUGGUUGCGGAAAAUCGGAAUGACAAAGUAUGCAGAUUUGAUUGCAAUGAAACAUAAAGUCGACGGCAAGUGUCUUCUCGCUCUCACGGACACAGACCUCAAGGACCCUCCUGUCUCAAUCAAUUGCCUUGGAGACAUCAAGAAGAUCUUGUUUGGAAUUAAGACGCUCAAUGAGAAAGUCUUGGAAAUUGGAACUUCAGCUGUAUCCAACUCUCAUCAUCGGCCUCAAUCCAAUGGAAACGCGUGGAAAAACCAGAAAGACGGGUUGCUUGUCGAGUACAACGAACAAAACCAUUUGUCGAUUUCUGGAGAGGAUGUCGUCACAACCACUCGUCGAGCGGAAAUUGUGCAAGACGAAGAGACGUUGCUGGAUACGCUUGCAAAGUCAACAGAUGGCACGUCGACGGUUCAGCUGAUUUCGAGAGAGGAGAUUAUCAGACAAGUCGAGAGACCAGACACGUACUUCAAGUCUGUCGCCAAACUUUUGAUCGCAUUUGCCUACUCGUCUCUUUCGUUUUUGAUGACGUCUUUUGUGAUGGUUCUGGUUCAUGACAGAGUUCCAGACACAAAAACCUAUCCACCACUUCCGGACAUCGUGCUCGACAACGUUCCACACAUUCCAUGGGCAUUCGACAUGUGUGAGACGAUUGGUCUGGUUCUUGCAAUCGUUUGGUUCACGGUGCUCUUCUUCCACAACGAGAGAGUGAUUAUUGCUCGUCGAAUGUUCUCGCUUCUGGGAACUGUGUUCCUUUUGCGUUGUUUCACUAUGCUGAUCACGUCGUUGUCGGUGCCAGGGAUUCAUUUGCAGUGCGAGGCUAGGCCCAACACCACGAUGCAAGAAAAACUGCACAAAGCGUUCCACAUCUGGAGCAACCUUGGAAUGUCACUGCACGGAGUGAGAAGCUGUGGAGACUACAUGUUCAGUGGACACACCACCGUCAUCACGAUGAUCUCUCAUUUUAUCACCGAAUACACCCCUGCCGACUGGACCGGACUCCAUACAUUCACAUGGGUACUCAACUGCUUCGCAAUCUUCCUCAUCCUUGCUGCACAUGAGCAUUACAGCAUUGACGUCUUCAUUGCAUUCUACAUCAGCUCCCGCAUGUUUUUGUACUACCACGCCUACGCCUACAAUCAUGCCGGUAUCACCGCCACCGACUACCGAAUGCGGACCUGGUUCCCGUUGGGAUGGUUCUUCGAGUAUGGGUCGCAGGGAAAGGUUGAGAACGAGUUCAGUCUCCCGUUCAGCAUCCGUAUUCCUCGUCGAAUUUUUUUCGCCAAGACUGAAAAGCCAACUCCAAAGCCAAUUUCUCCAAAACUGACGGAGACCAAUCGCAAAAAGUCUUCAGUCGUUUCCCCCAAGCAGAAUGGAAACGGAAACUGCAAAAAUCACAAUAGCCACUCCAAAAAGCACAAUUAG